CCAUGGAAGCGACCUCUGCUGCACAUUUUUCAAGUCUCCUUACUCCAUCCCGAAGGCUGUCUCAGAUAAGGCGGAGGAAAAAGAAGACACGAGAUGAAAUGUUCUUGGAAAUCAUGGAAGUGACCUGCAAUGAAAGAGCUCAUCUGAAUGAGUGGAAGGACAUGGCAUCAAAUUACAGAAAAGAUGCCAGUGAACAUGAGGACAGGAGGGACCAACGUGAGGAUAGGAGAGAUGCUCGAGAUGAGAGGUGGCGGCAGGAAGAUCAGAGGUGUAGGCAGGAAGAUCAGCGGUGGUGGGAUGCAAUGCUGGGGCUGCUGCGUGAUCAAACUGACAUCCUCCAAUGUCUGGUGGAGCUUCAGGAAGAGCAGCGGGGUCACAGAGUGCCACUGCAGCCCCUGUGUAACCACCCUCACCACUCACCAUGUUCCAUAUCUUCCUCACCCAGACGUGUAAGGACGCGUGGGGGAAGGCUUCGAGCACCUGCCCACUCCACCCCGUGGAUAGCCCAACCAAAAGGCUGUCAUUACAUUGAAAUGUUUUUAGUAGCCUUUUCCUUCCCUCCUAUCCUCCUCCCAAACCACACCCAGGAUACCUUGUCAUUUCUCUUCCUCUUUUUAUAAUGACUUUUUAAUAAAGAAUACAUGAUUUUUAAACGAUAGUGACUUUAUUUCCUUAAGCAAGCUGUAAUCAAAGGGGGAGGGUGGGUUGCUUACAGGGAAUGAGUCAAUCAAGGGGGGAGUCAUCAAGGGGAAACAAACACAACAGUUACACCAUACCCUAGCCCAUGAUGAA